AUGUAUACCUCACUGUGUCUAUUGGUCCUAGGUGUUCUAGGAUUAUCUAUGGGUCUGCCGGUCGAAGACUCUUUCGACCUUAAGGAAUCCUACUCAUCUGGGCGGUACAACCCUCAGGACUUCUACGCCUCCUGGCGUGUCCCUGAGGAGUCCGCUGGUCGUAUAGUGGGCGGUUCGGAGGCGCCCGAGAAAUUUGCUCAGCACAUGGUGGGGCUUAUGGUGGGCGAGUAUAUUAAGAGCUUCCUCUGCGGAGGGUUUAUACCGAAGAAUGACGUUGUCGUGACUGCAGCGCAUUGUAUUGAUCCGGUGAUAUCGUGGUGGACGGGAGAGCUACUAGAGACAUUCCACGGCCAGAUCGGAAGCAACGCACUAAGCCACGGCUACGAGGAGAUCCGUUUCUCAGGAUACCUGAAACAUCCGGCCUGGGACAGCUUUAACAUCAAGCAUGACCUGGGCGUUCUAUGGUUGACCGAGCCGUUGAAUAAUAAUUCUCCUGCGAGACCCAUUGCGCUGAGCUUCGAGAAGAUCGGCGGAGAUGAGCGCCUGACUGUUACGGGCUGGGGAAGACUAACGGCUUGGGGAGCGCUGCCCGACCGUCUUCAAACACUGCAAGUAUACUCUCUGAGUCACGCCGAGUGCGUGGCAGAAAUGCAGAGGGCUCAAGACGAGCUUGGUUCCGCCGGUCCGGCCGUGGUUGAGGAUAUCGAGUUAUGUACGACGCACCCGCUUGGCGAAGGGCAAGGAAUGUGUAAUGGUGACUCUGGCAGCGCUUUAUGGUUGGACAAGAAAAUCAUAAGCAAGUGUACAAACGGAGAAAAGUGUGAAGGAGUUAAGAGGGUGGUGGUGGGUACCGUGUCCUGGGGGUUCCCGUGUGCGCGUGGGUACCCCGACGUUCACGCCAGAAUUAGCGGGUUUAAGGAGUUCUUGGUAUCCAAUCUUGGGUUGUCUGCGAGUGAAUACGAGGAAUAG